CGCCGUACGUGCGGACUGAUUCCGCGCUGAAAAGGAAGAAAGCUGCGAUUCAACCCAAACACCAGGAGCUGAGAAAACUGCACCGAUCCGCCCCGGGACGACUCUGCCUCUGCUGACACCGCGCCCCACGCCUCCCGGGAACAUGGCCGAUAAAGACGUGUACGAUGACGCGGUGGAGGAACGAGUGAUAAACGAGGAGUAUAAGAUCUGGAAGAAGAACACUCCGUUUCUGUAUGACCUGGUGAUGACUCACGCCCUCGAGUGGCCGAGUCUGACGGUGCAGUGGCUCCCCGACGUCAGCAGACCGGAGGGUAAGGACUAUACAGUGCACAGGCUGGUUCUGGGCACUCACACGUCAGAUGAACAGAACCAUCUGGUCAUCGCCAGCGUCCAGGUGCCCAACGACGACGCCCAGUUCGACGCAUCGCACUACGACAGCGAGAAGGGAGCAGGUAUGUUGAUGGAUGAGCAGCUUCUCUCUUCUCUCUGCGAAUUCGGAGGCUUCGGUUCGGUCAGUGGAAAAAUAGAGAUUGAGAUAAAGAUAAACCACGAAGGAGAAGUGAACCGAGCCCGAUACAUGCCCCAGAACCCCGUCAUCAUCGCCACCAAGACGCCCACGUCAGACGUGCUGGUGUUUGACUACACCAAGCACCCCUCCAAACCAGACCCGAGUGGAGAGUGCUCUCCUGACCUGCGGCUCAAAGGUCAUCAGAAAGAAGGAUACGGCCUCUCCUGGAACCCCAACCUCAGCGGGAACCUCCUCAGCGCCUCCGACGAUCACACGAUCUGCCUGUGGGACAUCGGCGCGGCGCCAAAAGAGGGAAAAGUGGUGGACGCCAAGACCAUCUUCACGGGACACACUGCGGUGGUGGAGGACGUGUCCUGGCACCUGCUGCACGAGUCUCUGUUUGGAUCUGUGGCCGACGAUCAGAAGCUCAUGAUUUGGGACACACGCUCCAACAACACGUCCAAAGCGAGUCACGCCGUGGACGCUCACACGGCCGAGGUCAACUGUCUGAGCUUCAACCCCUACAGCGAGUUCAUCCUCGCCACGGGCUCCGCAGACAAGACUGUUGCAUUGUGGGAUUUGAGAAACCUCAAACUGAAGCUUCACUCGUUUGAAUCGCACAAAGAUGAAAUAUUCCAGGUGCAGUGGUCUCCUCACAACGAGACCAUCCUGGCGUCCAGCGGCACCGACCGGCGCCUCAACGUGUGGGACCUGAGUAAAAUCGGAGAGGAGCAGUCGGCAGAAGACGCAGAGGACGGGCCCCCGGAGCUCCUGUUCAUUCACGGCGGACACACGGCGAAGAUCUCAGACUUCUCCUGGAACCCGAACGAGCCCUGGGUCAUCUGCUCCGUGUCCGAGGACAACAUCAUGCAAGUGUGGCAGAUGGCCGAGAACAUCUACAACGACGAGGAGACGGACACGCCCGCCUCAGAGCUCGAAGCACAGGGCUCUUAAACCCCAGACCUGCCCCCGUAUCUGCCCCCGCCCCCAAACCUGCCCCCGUAUCUGCCCCUGCCCCCACACCUGCCCCACACCUGCCCCACACCUGCCCCACCUGGAUCUCAUCUGCAGUUUACUCUAACAAACUCCUCUAGAUCUGCAUGGACUCUGCCCCAAACGCCUCGACACCGCCCCCUGCAGGUACAAAGACAUUACAGCACUUGUUUCAGUUCAGUGAGCUCCGCACGCUCGAGCUCGCCGCGCCCGGGCCCGCCGCCGCGCUCGGGCUCGCCGUGCCCGGUCCCGCCGCGCUCGGCUCGUUGUGACGGCGGCGUGUGUGCGUUUUGUUGUGAUGAUGUUUUUAAGUUUGAGGUUCGUUCGGUUCAAAUUGAUUCUAUUUUCUUAUUGGCGACUGCAGCUGUUAAAAAAUCAAUACAAUGUAAAAAAUAUAUAUAAACAAAAUAAACAUGUUGAAGUAUUUUGCAUUUUUAAAACGACUCAAACUAUUUUAAGACUAAAACACAGAAGGUGGAGAUGUUUGUGUUGAACCAGUGACACGAGGUUGAGUUUUUUCAUUUUGUCCCAUUUGAGGAAAAGUGUUUUUGUCAGAGCUGAAACUUUGCUGCUCGAGAAAACGUCACACCUCAGUGUUCAGAUCAGACGCGCCGAGAACAGAAACAGCGUCUGUGAAACGUGGACAGGAUCGUUUCACAGGAGACGCCGUUUCUGUUCUACAAAACAAAAUGGCUGAUGGAGGAAACAGUAUUGACCUGGAGUGACGUCUGCACAGAUCAGGACGCGCCGAUAUGGAUUAAAUAAAAAAUAAAAACAUGUCAAUACUGAUACUCGAUCUUUGACCUGCUGCUGUGGCCGAUACCGAUAUUUUACUUUUAAAAUUCCACAAUGAGACUCACAAAAUGAAUUUAUCUGGGAUUUAAAAUCAUUUGUCACAUUUGUGUAAAAAUCCAGACUCUUAAAUCUUUUAACUCCUGUUUCCAUUUUGACUCAUUUUUUGUUCAAAAAGAGAAAGAGGAAAAACAUCUGCAUCACAGACGGAGUUUAACAAAGAGAUUUAACAAAUAAAUAAAUCAUCUAAAUAAAUGUGAUUGUAUUUAGAUCGUUACCUGGUCUGACGCCAAAACACUCGCCAGAAUGUUUGGAAACAAAGAUGGAAAUCAAAAUGGAGGAAAGUCAAUAUUUUUCAACCUUUUAUUGGGUUAAAAUGUAUUUUAAAAAUCUAAAUCCACAACAUAAAGUUUUGACUGGAUGAAACGGAGUCUGAAACGACACAGAUCUGUUCAAUGUUAUGAACUGACUUUUAAUUAAUUAAUCCUGCGAGUGCGUCUGCGUUUUUAAAGUUCAUUCACUUUUUUAAGAUGCUUCACCUUUGAAGCCAAGAAAAAAAUGAUACAACCCAAAAACACAUUUUUGCCUCAUGAAUCUUAAAUUAAAAAUGAUACAAAAAGAAGACGUCAAGUUGUAAUUUGAAACACCAGAUGGCGCCAAAACUCAGCACGACUUUAGGACUUUAUAGGAACAAGAUGGCCGCCUGUUUAUCCUUUCACUCGUUCAGCUGUUUUCACCCGUUCACCUGUUCAUUUGUUCACCUGUUUUCACUCGUUCACUCGUGCCCCUCCUUUUGGCUCAAACCUUCAGACGUUUCAGUCGUUCGUUUCCUUCGGUCGUUCGUUUCCUUCGGUCGUUCGUUUCCUUCGGUCGUUCGUUUCCUUCGGUCGUUCGUUUCCUUCGGUCGUUCGUUUCCUUCGGUCGUUCGUUUCCUUCGGUCGUUCGUUUCCUUCGGUCGUUCGUUUCCUUCGGUCGUUCGUUUCCUUCAGUCGAGGUGCUGAAACGUUCUGAGCUGCUUUGUUUUCAGGUACAAAUCUCUUCAGUAUUGUUGACGUUUGAGUGUGAGGUCAGAGGUCAGAGGUCAGAACACACAGGUCGAUUCCCCUGUUUCUGUUGUUACAUAAUGUGAAUCGUUUUGUUCUUUGCUUCAAAAAAAUGCAAUAAAAUUUUAACUUUUCAAUAA